AUGGUAGCCUUACAAAAUGCAUUGGCAUAUCAUGAGCCAGGGAUCAAAACUAUUCUGAUCCAAACUAGCUUUCUGCUUGCCCUCAACUGGGUGAACACCCUACUUGAUAAGCUGAUCUACUGCGGGCUUAUUGGGCAGCUUCUCAUUGGGAUUGCAUGGGGAGUUCCCGGAGCCAACUGGCUAGAACUGGACGUUCAGAAAACCAUUCAGCAGUUGGGAUAUCUCGGGUUGCUUCUCUUGGUGUACGAGGGUGGCCUUUCAACAUCAUUCUCCCAAUUGAAAUCAAACAUUGGUCUGUCCUCCAUGGUGGCGAUCACCGGGAUAGCUGUGCCUAUGGCAUUAUCCUUCAUCCUGAUGAGCUUACUAUCAGCGACUCCUCUUCAAGCAUUUGCCGCCGGUGCGUCCCUCUGCUCAACCAGUAUCGGAACCACAUUCACCAUCCUGUCCACGACGGGAUUGGCAAAGACCAGGUUGGGUAUCGUCCUGGGCAGCGCAGCGAUGAUGGACGAUGUCGCAGGCUUGGUGAUGGUUCAAAUCAUCUCGAGUCUGGGUAGUGCGAAUCAAGAAUCGUCCUUCGACCCGGUGGUCGUGAUCAGACCCAUCUUUGUUGCCGUUGGGUUUGCUUUGGGGCUUCUUCUCAUUUGGCGGUUUGUCGUUGUGGCGGUCGUACGGAAAUAUCAGGCGCACGCGAUUCGAAUUCCUGGCUGGAUGAGGUCUCUGAAUGUCGCAUUGGUUAUCUACAUGCUCUAUCUCAUUGGACUGGUCACCAGCGCACAGUACGCAGGCACGUCGGGACUCUUCGCUGCAUAUCUGGCUGGGGCUAGCAUUUCCUGGCUUGACGAGAUGAUGGCCACUGGUGAAAAACAGCCAAAGACCGAGAUCCCAGCCAAUGACCAGCGUAAACAUCGACCGGGGAGCAUUGAAAUGCAAACUCGCCUCACUCGCGACGCAAAUCAUACGCAAAGAAGUCACAGAGAAACCGAGUCCACCGCCCAUACGGUAACCACUGUGCAUUCCAAGCGACCAACUGGAGAACUUACGUUCGAAACUUUCUGCAAAGAGCCCCUCAAGCGGAUUUUGAGCCCACUAUUUUUUGCUUCGAUAGGGUUCUCCAUUCCAAUCACGAAAAUGUUUGAAGGGAGGGUAGUAUGGCGAGGCGUCGUCUACACUCUUCUCAUGGCCUUUGGCAAGCUAGUGACCGGAUUAUUGCUGAUGCGGCUGACUUUACGCGGAUCAAAGCUGUUGAACAAGGCGAAGAAGGUUUUACUCGGGUUUGCCACUGUGAGAGCGGCCAAGUCAUGCAAGACCAAACCUCAGCUGGACAGUGACUGCUCACGCGCCCCAGCGCAAGGAGAGAUACAAAGCGAUGGACCAAAGAGAGAAGAAAGCCAACUUCCCGAAUCAGACUCGCGCACGCAGGACUCUCAAUUUCCAGCGGCAACAGCGGUAAAUGACUCACCACAAGAAGGCCUUUGUCCUCCUGUAGCACGACUCAGCAGCUCACGGCUUCCUCUCAGGCCCCGCUCGUUGUAUCCGGCGUCGAUUCUGGGUUUGGCUAUGGUGGCGCGAGGCGAGAUUGGCUACCUCAUCGCAUCACUGGCCGAGGCGGAUGGGAUCUUCUUCCCUCAUUCGUCCUCAUCUCCCAGAACCGAUAGCCAAGAGGUAGCCUCUGAGAUCUAUCUGGUGGUCAUCUGGGCCAUCACCCUCUGCACUUUCAUUGGGCCCCUUUGUGUCGGGUUUUUAGUGAAGAGGGUAAAAACCCUCCAGAGACUUCGAACCCAAUCUGGCGGCGAAGACCCUCUAGGCGCAUGGGGCGUCUCUUGA